GUGAAAGGAUCAGUCGUGUCCUUCACUUACAUAUUGCCUGAACGAGACUAGUGUGGAAAAUACCAGUCCAUUUCUUUAAGACAUUUUGACAGCAUUGGCAUUUUUUAAAAUUUGUUUCAGAACAAUUAAUCAUCACAAAUCUGAAUUAUCUGCUAAAUCUCAGUUUGUGUUCUGGCUUUUAGAAAUAGUCUUGCUAAAAUCAUGGAGACACAUUAAUUUGUUUCUAAAUGAGCACAGGAGUAAUUACUAGGAAACUACAAAUUAGCACAAUGACCAGCUUCAUACGACCAGAUGUUAAAAAUUUUGUUGCCUGGGACUAUGUUGUUUUUGGAGCACUCUUCGUCAUUUCUUCGGGCAUAGGAGUCUUCUUUGCAGUUAAAGAGAGGAAAAAAGCGAGUUCCAGGGACUUUUUAGUUGGUGGCAAGCAGAUGACUUGUGGACCAGUAGCCCUGUCUCUCACAGCUAGUUUCAUGUCAGCUGUGACUGUGUUGGGAACUCCAGCUGAGGUAUAUCGUUAUGGGGCAGCCUUCAUCCUAUUCUUCAUUGCAUAUACAUUUGUCAUCAUUUUUACUUCAGAACUUUUCCUACCUGUAUUCUACAGAUCUGGGAUCACAAGCACUUAUGAGUAUUUGGAAUUAAGAUUUAACAAGCCUGUUCGUGUUGCUGCUACCUUGAUUUACAUCAUACAAACGAUUCUUUACACUGGAGUGGUAGUCUAUGCACCAGCUUUAGCUCUCAAUCAAGUGACUGGAUUUGAUCUUUGGGGCUCUGUUUUUGCGACAGGCAUUGUUUGUACAUUCUACUGUACCCUGGGAGGAUUGAAAGCUGUGGUCUGGACUGAUGCCUUUCAACUGGUCGUCAUGCUGAUUGGUUUCUUAACAGUUUUGAUUCAAGGAACUCUUCAAAAUGGGGGGCCUAAAAAGAUCUGGGAGACUGCUCAGAAUGGAUCACGCCUCACUGUAUUUGACUUUGAUAUUGAUCCCCUGAGAAGACACACAUUUUGGACAAUUGCAGUAGGAGGAACAUUUACCUGGUUAGGUAUCUAUGGAGUUAAUCAGUCCACAAUACAAAGAUGUAUUUCCUGUAAAUCAGAAAAGCAAGCCAAACUUGCUCUAUAUCUUAAUUUAGUAGGAUUGUGGGUCAUCCUGGUAUGUGCAGUCUUUUCUGGUUUGGUGAUGUUUUCCCACUUUAGAAACUGUGAUCCUUGGACUGCUGGUUUUAUUUCAGCACCUGAUCAGCUAAUGCCAUAUUUUGUCAUGAUCAUCUUUUCCUCAGCCCCUGGACUUCCAGGAUUAUUUGUUGCAUGUGCAUUCAGUGGAACACUAAGCACAGUGGCAGCAAGCAUAAAUGCUUUGGCAACUGUAACAUUUGAAGAUUUUAUCAAGAACGGUUUACCAAAUCUAUCUGAAAAAAUGAACACUUGGGUCAGCAAAGGUUUAUGUAUAAUAUUUGGUAUAAUAUGCACAUCAAUGGCUGUAGCAGCAUCACUUAUGGGUGGCGUUGUGCAGGCCUCACUUAGCAUUCAUGGAAUGUGUGGGGGACCAAUGUUGGGAUUAUUUACACUGGGAGUUGUUUUUCCUUGCACCAACUGGAAGGGUGCUCUUGCAGGUCUCCUUACUGGAAUAAUUUUGGCAUUUUGGGUUGGCAUUGGGGCUUUUGUUUACCCUGCUCCAUCAUCAAAGGCCCUUCCAUUGUAUCUCUCAACAACUGAGUGUGCUAUCAAUAAUACAGGGGUGGUAGCUACAGCAACUCCUACACUACCGCCUUUCAGGCCUCAAUUGGCAGAUUCCUGGUAUUCUUUGUCAUACCUUUACUACAGUGCUGUUGGAUGUCUUGGAUGCAUUAUAACAGGGCUUCUGAUAAGUUCUAUAACAGGGUCCAAUAAAGGAGAAGAUAUUAAGGCCCUUUUAAUUCAGCCAGUCUGCAAUAUAUUUUGCUUUUGGUCUCAGAAAUGUAAAACGUUGUGCUGGUGUGGAGUGGAUCAUGAUAAAAAAGCACUUCAUGAGAAGUCAUCAAAAGAUCUCCACAAAGAUGAUGCAGAGAAGACAGAAAGAGAUGAUGCCCUUCAGAAUGGACUGGUUAAAGACAUACAGAAACAUAUCCCUGGCUAUAAUCCACAAGAAAAAUCAUACACUAAUACAAGCAUAGAGACAGAAUCUUACUUUUAGCCUUCCUGCAUGGAAGAAAAUACAUCCAUCUUAUCCAGGAAACUACGUAGCACUGGCCAACCUUUAGGAAAAAAAUAGUAGCAGAGCAGUUGGCACAGAAGACAUUUAUUUAUAACUCAAAAAGAAACAUUAAUUUUCACUGACAACUAAUUUCAUAAUAGAAGGAGACUUAUUUCUGUGGUGGUGAAUUUAAUCUACAGCUGCAUCCACGGGGAGGUUCUUCUUAUCCUCUAAGCAUUCAUUUCCCGACUGUACAUUCUUAGUACAUUCUUUCUUAGACUUUGGUUCGGUGCCUCUGCCUUAAAAAAACAGCUCCCCCCUACAAAGACCGGGAGAGGGCAAAGAUUUCCUAUAGGCUUCUGUGGGUGCCUUUGCCUUUGUGGAAGCCUGUGGAAAAUCAUUAGAAUCCGGAAAAAGCUUUAAAAGUCCAGCUUUUUUGUUUGACAACAUUUUUCAGCUCCAGUACAAUGAAUUCUCCUUUCUCCUUCUCCUUCUCCUCCUCCUCCUCCUCCUCCUCUUCCUCCUUCUUUCAGAUUAUCUAAAUUAACACCCUAUCCUUCAAAGCAGCCAUUUUCUCCAGAGGGAUAGAUCUCUGGAGUUCAGUUAUAAUUCUGGGAGAACCUAACUGACUUCACAGGGUUGCUGUGUGGAUGAAAAGGAGAGGACACUAAUAUAAGCUGCUUUGGUCCCCACUGUGAAGAAAGAUUGGUUUUCCAGUGUAGUGACUGAAGGUAGUGACUUAAGACACUCUGAUAAAGAUGGGUUGACAAGUGGGUAGGAAGGAAAUAGGGUUGCCGACUCCAGGUUGGGAAAUUCCUGGACAUUUGAGGGAUGGAGACUUGGAAGGGUGAAGUUUGAGGAAAGGAGGGAUUUCAGAAGCAUGAGUUUACUAGUAGAAAAAUCUAGGAACAGAAAAGCUGCACUAGUGAUACAAAUAUAAUAUCUCUUUUAAUAAUAUUCAUGCUUAUUACUGAAAAUGUAAUAUUCAAAUAUGUAUGAAACAAGAAUCAGUUGCAUUUGUACAUGUAGACUUUGAUAAACCAGCAUCUCAAAAAAGACUGAAGAAUUAAAAUGUUUUGCAGUAAAUUCAAUUAACUAUAAUCCUAUAAUUUUCUAAUAAUCAUUUUCUCAUAUUAAUUUUAAAGUUUGAAAAAAUUCCAGUGGGCCAGAAUAAAAUAAUCUUAAACCACGCCCCCCAAAAGGACAGUAACACAUCAGAGAGUCAUUUCUGUCAACAGUCUUAUGAGUUUUUUUCUGAUGAAGUAGAGCAAUCAUUAUGAAUUAUCCUUAUUGAGUUUGGAAAAACUAGAAAAACUAGAGAAUAUUCUCCAUGCCUUUAACUUAGAAACCAUGAAAUACUACACCAGGGGUAGGGAACCUUUAACACUCAAAGAGCCAUUUGGACCCGUUUUCCACAGGAAAAGAAAACACUUGGAGCCACAAAUAAUUUUUGACAUUUAAAAUAAA